UAGCAAGCAUGUCGUUGGUUUGCUCGUUCCGUUCGUACGUUCGUUCUUUUAUUGCUUUGUCCCAGUCACUGGGGCUCUCUUUUAGCUUGUUGCAUCCCCCCUGUACCAUUAAACUGUUUGUUUAUUAUCUUUCGUUGUUGUGAGUAGCCGUAGUAGGAUUUGCUACCUGUUUGAUUUGAUUGCAGAUUUUUAUGUGUUGUUUGUAUAUUUUUGUUGCCCGCUUCUGUCGUCAAUCGAACGCUGUUGAUGCCCAUCAAGGCUAGUAAGCUUUUUCCGGUAUUUGAUUUCUUCCAGAAUAUUUUAUACUGACUGAAUAGUAAUAACAAUAAAAAUAGCAACAUGCACAUCUUUUGUAUGUUCGUUCGAUAACACUAUAACAAUUGCUGUUUUUAAUUUUGUUUGUUCUAUUUUUAAGAAAGUUAUUUUUGACUCAUAACAAGCACUUGGUAUUAGAUUUUUACAGAUUAAGAAAGUAUUCGGUAGUUUUUGUCUGUGACGCUCUUCGGUACAGAAAUAGCUUCUUGGUUGAAUGCGACUGCCUCUGAUCCGAUUGAAACUUUACCGAUAUGUCGGUCGGAACAAAUAUAGUAUUCAAAAAAUUACUCACUUUUUGGCAGACUUCAGCAAGAAGUAGCAAUCUUAUAUUUUUGAUAAGUAAUGUUUUUUAGGCUAACAAACAUAACAUCUCGUUAUAGUGUCGAUCAUUCAUCCAAUUACUUUGUCUAUUAAACGAUGCUGAUUUAAUAAAAGUAUUACGUACUAAACUGACCCCAUCAAAAAGCGGGAUUGAACAUUUAAGUUAACCUUUUGCAGCUCGACAACGAAUUUCACCGUUAUUAAAUGUUCAUAAAGUUUUUGUGUUUUCUAUGGCGAAGACUUUCUUGAUUUUGAGAAUAACGAUUAACAAUAUAAAGCUUAGUAGUGAUAAUAAAGUAGUGCAGUUCAUUGGUUUUGGUUUACCAGUUGGAAAGAAUAAAUAAAAUCAUCAAAAACCCAGCGUUUUUAUGAUUUUAUGAUUUGCACCCACGACAUGCAAAAUACAUCUUCAAAUAUACCUUAAUCAAUAGCCAAAAUACCCAAACAAUUAACUUUACCCUAAACAUUCGAAAAAAAUCACGAAAAUGCAUUAUUUUUCGACUUUUCUGAGUAGGGCAAAAUAAAUGCAUCACAGCUCCGCAGCACAUGUUCUGAGGCCUCACGUUCCAUGAUACAAAAGCAACAGAUAUUAUCUUUAACCCGGAAAAUGAUAUCUGCCCGUCACUAGGCCCACGUAUGCACAAGGUGUUUUUUUGAAGGUCCAUGAGCUUUAUCUUUUUUUCGCCACGAACAGUCAUCGGGCGCGGACGCGUUUUCAUUUCGCUCCGCAAUUUAACUUGUAUUUUUAUUUUUUUUUACACCUUGACGGCGUCGCGAGUGCACGUGAGCAACAAUUUAUUUAUUUAUAAACAAUCUUUGACCGUCGCGCUACCGCGUGUAUCUAACCUUUUCUCGACAAUUCGUACUCGCCGCGUAACAAUUUUUAAUCAGUGCUAUGAAAAAGUGUGGCAUAACCAACUGUACUUCGACCGACAACCGUUUCCUGUGGAAAUGCGAAGGAAUAUGCAAAAGGCACUUCCACGCUGCCUGCGUAGGAACCCGUAGAAACCAAGAAGAACUACUGCGUUCAUUUAUGCUGCCCUUAUGCAUAGAAUGCCAGGAACAGCUCAUGGACCAACUCCAACUGAAGAAGCUCAUCCAGCACCAGAAAAUUUUAACAGAAAGUAUUGAAUCACAAAUCAAAUCAAAUCAUUCAAUAAUCAGUCAACUUCCUAAACUGACUGUAACGCACGACACACUGGACAGUAUCAAUACACUGCUUUCUGAAUUGAAGACGGAAAUUAAAAAAGUAAAUAUCCACACAAACAAUGCGUCGGCAAAAACCAUAAAUCGCAUUUCGACGCUGUUCGGCGAACUUGGCCAUGACUCCAUAUCGGACAUAUCGGACAUUAGCAAAGAAAAUCGGCAGCACACAAAGAACAUACAACAGCACCUGGAAAAAGCAUUUACUAAUAUAGAAUCAAAAAUUGACAAUAUGGAACACCAAUUAGAAGCUAUACAAAAUAAGAAAACAAACUGCAGUACAACGGCGCAGGAACCAAUCAAUGAAUUAAUAGCGCUCAAAGAAUCGAAUUCACUCCAGCCAAAAACAGACAAUCAUCCCAGUCUGGCUGAAGAACUUCGCCUUUCAUUGCCACUUCCAGAAUCGGACUCAGAAGAACACCGUACUCCAAAUUUCACAUCAGGCUGGCGCCUAAUUGGCAAUAAAAAAGUAUGGAAACGCGACUGGACUGAAUAUGACGCCAGACAGUGUAAAAGACGCAUGCAGGAAAAGCAAGCAGAAAAGGCCGCUCGUAAACGUAUGCAGCAACGCAAACGUCAGCAGGAAAACUCAAACCCUAUCAGCAUAAGUAACAACACCUAUAAACACGGAAUAAACCAUUUCGCCUGCAACUCAAAGAAAACUCAAAUUGCUGAAAUGCCAAAACAACCACUACCCUCGGACAAAGACCUCCUGGCAGCUGCACGCGUUCAAUUUGCUGGGCCGCCGAAUUCAGACAUAACAUCAAACUUUAUAAAUUUCCAAAAAGGCGAAACUAUCAACCUAUAUCGGACAGAAAAAAAUGCAACUAACAAUGAAAAUUCUGCACCGGCUCCUGCCAGCAACGCCAGCAUACAAUCAGCAUCGCAAGACAGCCAAUUUGAACUUGACCCCAUGCGUCCACCAAUCGUCCGACUUACGCAGCAAUCAUCGAAUGGCGACGAGCGCUUUUUGAAGGCUGGACUCCGCGACCCAAAAGUAAUGCAUAUUACACGCCUAUAUCUCGCAUACAUGAAGGACCAACCAUCAUCUGUAUGUGUAGAAGGAAUGACACCAACCAGUAUAAGAAUGCUUCUCGCAUCCGAAGGACUGCCGACAUCUCCAGAACAACUCCAACGCGUCUUUAUUGAAGUCCAUCAGGAAUAUGGACUCACGCCAGCCGAAGCAGUAGCCGACCUUCAAUCAUAUCGUCAUUUUUUAUCAAAUGAACGCACGCACCGUCUUCAACAACUUCGCGAAAGUGUAAAUAAAUUUAGUACAAAUUUUCGCAAGUAAGGACGCCCUUUGCUGAGGCAGAACCAUUAUAUUUAAACAUAAGUAAUAACUUGACUAACACUUCUUCGCUUCCUCGACAGAAUGCGACUGAAAUACUUAUCUAUUGUCAGAAUUUCAAUCGCAUGAAAAGCCCAAGCAAAAUGAAAGAAAUUCAACAAAAUCUAUUGUCGUCAUCUUUUAAAAUAAUUUUAGGAACUGAAAGUAGCUGGGACGAAAGCGUAAGAAGUGAAGAAGUAUUUGGAAACAAUUAUAAUGUAUUCCGGCACGAUCGGAAUUUGUCUACCAGUCAAAAAAAGUCAGGCGGUGGAGUCCUCAUUGCCAUUAAUGUAGACUUUACUUCUGAAGAGUUAAUAUCCGACAAAUAUAAAGAAUUUGAACACGUAUGGGCCAAAGCAUUUAUUGCUGGCUAAGAACAUAUCUUCUGUUCCGUGUACUUUCCACCGGAACAUGCUCAUAAACAUUCGUAUGAAUUAUUUUUUUUUAUCUGUCAAUCAAAUAUCUGAAUUCGAAAUUCAAAACGCACUUAAAAAUUUAGACGCUACGAAAGGUCCUGGACCUGACAGAAUAGCUCAAAUUUUUCUCAAAAAUUUGGCAGAAGAACUAUCUACACCCCUACAACACCUUUUUAACAUGUCCCUGAAGAAUGGAAUUUUCCCAGAACUCUGGAAAACUUCAUAUUUAGUGCCAAUUUUCAAAUCUGGCGCUAAAUCUGAUAUCGUUAUUAUCGUGGAAUUGCCAUUAUUUCAUGCAUUCCAAAAUUAUUUGAAUCAAUAAUUAAUGAAAAAAUCUUUCAACAAGUAAAACACCAAAUUACAACUCAACAGCACGGCUUUUACAAAGGCCGAUCUACUACCACAAAUCUUUUGGAAUUCAUAACUUUCACUCUGACUGUAAUGGACAACGGUAACCACGUAGAAGCUCUUUAUACGGACUUUAGCAAGGCAUUUGACAGAAUCGACAUACCAUUAUUACUCUUCAAGCUCGAAAAAUACGGAACUGAAACAAAACUUUUGGAAUGGCUGCAGUCAUACUUAACAAAACGAACACAAAAAGUCCGCUUUCAAAAUUCCUUUUCAAACCCAAUAGAAGUAACUUCUGGGGUUCCUCAAGGUUCCCACCUGGGCCCUCUUCUUUUUAUAUUAUACGUAAAUGACAUUUCCUUUCUUCUUAAGUCAAUACAUGUGCUUGUAUAAGCUGAUGACAUGAAGCUCUUUAUAGAAAUAACCAAUGCAGAAGACUUCGAAAUAUUCCAGAAUGAAAUUAAUGUAUUCUACACUUGGUGCAACAAAAGCCUAUUACAACUCAACAUUAAAAAAUGUAAUUCAAUAGCCUUUAGCAGAAAAACAGUAACACCAUCUACAAACAUUUUCUUAGGAAACCAACCAGUAGAAAAAUGCAAAAUCGUAAGGGACCUAGGCGUAAUCUUAGACUCCAAACUUACAUUCAUAGAACAUUAUAAUACAAUUAUCAACAAAGCAAAUAGUAUGCUGGGUUUUAUAAAACGCUUCGGCCACAAUUUUCAAGACCCAUAUACAAUCAAACUAUUAUAUAUUACAUACGUCCGACCAAUUCUGGAAUAUUGUAGCAUUGUAUGGAAUCCCUAUAUUGCCACACAUGAAGAACGCAUUGAAUCUGUCCAAAAACAAUUUCUUUUGUACGCGCUUCGUAAGCUAAAUUGGACAUCAUUUCCCUUACCAUCAUAUGAAGCACGCUGCAUGCUUAUAGACAUACAAGCACUUAAAGAACGCCGCGAUCUUUCAAUGCUUUAUUUUAUCAAUGACAUUAUUUCUCAACGCGUGCAAUCUACUCAAUUAUUAUCACAACUAAAUUUUUAUGCACCCAGUCGUCAAUUAAGAAAUCGUAAAAUAUUUUCGUAAAAUUCUCACAGAACAAACUACUCAAAAAAUGGCCCAAUAAAUCGCAUGAUGCGUCACUAUAAUCAGCACUGCGAAAAUAUCGACAUCACCAUGGGCAGAAAUCAAAUAAAAAAACGACUAACUACUGGAAAUAAUGUAUAGAAUAUAAGAAAACAUUGUAUUAUUAUAACUGUGGUCUACAUUUGCUUGACGAAAUAAAUAAAUAAAUUAUGGAAUGAAUUACAUUUGGUUUUAUGAACCUUUCAGAUUGGGCACACUUUUUGGCAGCCAAUAAGUUGGCCUUCCCAAAUUUCCAUUUCUACUGCACAGUUUGAUAUUGCACAUAAACGUUCGGGGCCAAUAAACUGUGAGUUAGGUUUAGUAAAGUGGGCAAUGUAUUUAAUUUAACGUAGAUGCGAAAAAUGAACAAGCACAGAAGCUGUGGCUUAGACGUAGAAAUAAUUUUCCUCAUCCAGACGGGACACGAACCCGCAAUCUCCGAUGUCUCCGGCAUGGUGUUUUGGUCAAUUAAACUACUGGGAAGGUAAUCUCCCCUACGAAUAAUAUCGUGAGUUAGAUCCUUGUUUUGCAAGUUUGCCUGCCUUCUCAUUCUUACUGAAGCCACAAUGUCCUGAAGCCCAGUAUAAAUUAACUGAGUUCGUUUGCAUAAGUGUCGCAAUGUGAGAAUACAUUCCAAGAAAUCUUCAGACAAACAUUCGCAUAUUCAAAGAUUACAAAAAUCUCUGCUUGAAUGCCAAUGUCUGAUAACCACUGAAAUAUUAAAACUUCGAAAUCCCUUUUAAAAUUAUAGAGACUGAACGGGAAAUUUGCGAACAAGGUGGCCCGAAUAUCCGCCAAGGCUCUGUCGUCUUUUACACAGACGGCUUAAAUUCAACCGGAGCAGGUAUAAUUGGUCCAGAAAUAAGUAUUUCGAUACCGCAGGGCCAUUGGCCUACAGUGUUCCAGACCGAAAUUUUGGCAUCAAAUGACAGGCUUACAUAUGCAUUUUAUCUGAUAGCCAAGCAGCACUCAACGCACUGAGACAGCUGGCAAAAAGGAACCAAGUAGGGUUAUACUGGAUUCCUGGUCACUGCGGAGUGGAAGGUAAUGAAAAAGCCGGUACGUUAGCCAGAAAUGGGUUCAUGUACCGAUUUUUUGGUCCAGAAUCGUUUUGUGGGUUGUCAUCGAGCGCCUUGGAAUCAGAAUCGAAAACCUGGGGAAAACGGACUAUACAAGAGAACUGGAUAUGAUCAGCAGGGCUACGCCAGUCGAAACGCUUUAUGACGAAAUUUGUCGCUUCUGCAGAUUCGACUGUGAUACCGCAGAACAUUUGCUCUGCCAAAGAAGUGCGAAAUUCAGUGCCAAAUUCAGUGCCAAAUUGGGAGAAAGGGUGCGACAUGACAACGACGAUCACUUCUAUCCACAAAAGAUCGAAAUAAUGGUCGCAGUGGUCCAAAUCUCUCUGCUGGCUUCUUUUGAAAAAUUAAUUUCACUUUACACCAAAUAUUGAAACGUUUCAGAAAAUACAGUUAUAGUUCGACUUCACAGUAACAUUUCGAAAUCACAUUAUUUUGCUGUAGCCGACGGAUACAACACGCAACAUGGUGAUAUACUGUGUCGUGGCUCAGAGUGUUGCACUCUUGCUACCUGCUUCAAUCCGACACGUAAAGAAUUUGAUGGUAUUCCUAUGUUAGCGCAGACAUCAUCCGCGGUCUGGCCAUGAGGCAUUUACUGAAAUAAAUUUGCAAUGGCAUCAAUCGCUUUUUUUAAGAAUAUCAUACAUAUUUGAAAGACGUUACUGAAUAAUUUUUAUCAAAUUGCAACUUCGAUUAACCCUAUCCCUGCGGAAAGAAAUUAGUUUUUACAUCAGAAAUGACAUUCAAACUCUUAUUACUCAGCAACUGCAAAAAUUUUUAACGUUAGAAAUUCCAAGUAUAGUUGUUAAACUGUUAUCAAUGUUUAUAUGUCAGGUGAUGCCAUAUAUGUCAGGUGAUGCAUCACCUGCGGGGAAUGAGUUGAAAUCCGCUACAGAUAAGCAGUAGUUUGAUGUUAUCCGUAACUCGAUAUGUUUAUAAACAGCGGUAUUAGAGUGCCAAUAAAAAUCGAUUUUUCGAAUAUCGUUUAGUACUAGAACUCAAAAGUUUCGUCUUCUCGAAAAAAGUCCCCAUGCAAAAUUUCAGCUCGAUCGGACAUCGGAAAAGCGGUCAAAGUUUCAACUUUUUGAUAGAUGAAAAUAAUGCACAAGUUCAAGAAAUUGUUGAUAUCAAGGUUUUUUUUAUGCUAUGAAACUGUCUUAGAUGAAACGUCGGGAUCGACAGUAGCAUUUCGAACUCCAUUUUCAUGUCUGUCACCAGUCAACCUCAGCACGAACCGAAUUUUGUUGUUCGCUAUCCGUACAGCUGCAACAGUGUAAAAAAUUGUUACGUGGCUGAGAGUGGUGUUCUUUUGCUAUCUGCUUCUGUUUGACACGAUAGGAAUUCGAUUGUCUUUUUUCUAAGCCACAACAAGGUACAACGAUAGGCUGACCAGAUUUUCUCUGAAGGAAAACGGGACAAAUGGGUUCAAAAACGGGACACUUCGGAAGAUAGAUUUCUGUAAAUUUUAAUCAACCAAAGCAUUGAUUUUUUUUUGCUAAACCUGCCUCAUUCGGAACAAUGGAAUAUUGAGCUGUUGCAAAAUAAAGUGUAAUUUUUGGAAAAAUGGUCCUGAAAUUUUGGAUUUGAAAUUAUCAAUUAUCAUGGCUUCUAUGGUCUCAACUUGCAAUCGUAAUUUUUCAUCAGUCCACAUACCGUUUGCGAUAGAGAAUAGGCGUGGUACUACCAGGAAGGCACAAUGGUUUGUAGAAUAUUGGAACCCAACGGUUUUUUGAAGAGUAUCCAAAAAACGGUACAACAUGGCAAAAGACGGGACGGUUAAAAAUGGUCGAAAAAACGGUACGUCUGAUCAGCCUAUACAACGAGUUAUUUUGUUGCUUUACUGACAGUCAUCGGUCCAGUUUCACUGUUUGCCAACACGAAAUCCGAUUCAUGCUUCGUAGUGCGAAAUAUCGAAAUAAAGAUAUGAAGUUGAUUAAGGGGGGACCCUACUCUGGAAAGUUGAAAAAUAAUUAAUUUUCGUGAUAUUUUUUUCGGAUGUUUAGAGAAAGGUGAGGUGUUCGGGCAUUUCGGCUAUGUAUUAAGAUAUAUUUGAAGAUGUAUUUUGUGUACCGUGGGUACAAAUAUAGUGAGUAUUACGCUAUUGGCAGUGUUUUUCUCGAAACCAUGUUCUUUCAACUGGUGGUAAGUUUUUCUCAGCAUCUACUGAACCGAUUUUGCUGAAUUUUUUUUUCAACAUGUAAAAAUGGAUUAUCUAACUUGUUACGUAACCGUUUUUUGAUA